AUGCCUAUUUCGCAGCACUACGAGACCGUAACGCGAAAGCUGGAAGGAAAUUUCGUGUUUUUCGUCGUCCUUCCGGUUUUUAUUGACGAGAGCACUAUCAUUCUCGACCUGGAAGAAAACCUGCACCAGACGCUGACCAGUCUUGCCGCGUCGAGUCUGAGAGCGAGGGACCAUCUAGUCCCGGUGUUGGCCGUGCGGGAGCGGCGGCGACAGGAAGAAGAACAUACCGCUGAUGUACUUCUUGCAGGAAGAACUACAGCCGCAUCUUCAACUCCUCACGAUAAUUGCGAUAAUCUCAUCGAGGAGUUAGACUUCCUUACGCCAGGAGCAGGCACUGAAAACAGCUACAGUGCAGCUCUGGAACAACAACAAGCUGGUCGUGACACCAGGCAAGCUGAAGACAAGAGCCAAGAGGUCGCAAUACAGGAACAAACGGUCGGCAAAAGCCUCGUGGAGCGGAUUCGCGGAGAUUUUGAGAACCAGUUUCGCGGAAUUUUGAGCUUCGAUGUAGUUCAUCUUGCAGGAGGAAAUGGUCACCGUGUCAUGCGCACAACCCUCGAGGACGGUUCUUGUGCCGAUACUUCUAAGUGCAACAACAACCCCGAGCACGCAGUAGGAAAAAAUAUCUCCGAUGAACAUCAACAAUUUUACAAUGCCAACGGUGCAGCUUCUAAUUCUUGGCCCUUCAUCUCUUCGACGGACCCGCAUGGGACGAAACAAGCAGAGGACCUGUUGGAGCUCCCCUACGCGCACUUUUUCUCGUUCGGGUCGCCGGGGGACACGAACUCGGAGGGCAGCAGUGAGUUUAUUGCAAGGAAAAAUUUUGCCUCCCCACAUUAAACGUAAGCGCAGCCUUCUGAAAAUUUGUCAUGCAGAUUUGUGCUCCUGCUCACAAAUACUGGUGUCUGUCUUGCAAGAAUGCAGAUCCAGAGAGUCCGCCGCAUUAUGGUGGCGAUUUGUAACGCUGUAGUAAGGCCUACGGGGCAGACGUCUGACCUGCUAAGUGCCUAUGCCAGAAGACCCCUGCCUAGGCUUAGUACUAUCUGCGUGUAGUGCUCUACUGCAAGACAGAUCCGAAGUGUGUACACAGAUCCCGCAUCACAGAUUUCCGUUUUGAUAUGGGGCGGGGGGAUGUUUCAUUUUGAUAGAGUUCACGAGCUCCUCUGCCAACUCGAAAUCGACGUCGUCCUCAUCUUCCUAUGCAUGGCAAAAGUGAAAGUAUAAAAUAUCGUGCUGGUAGUAUUAAAAAUUGCAUCACUCAUUUUGUCAGAAGAAAAGUGGACUUUGUGAUGCAGAAUCAGUAGAGAAGAAAAAAGAUAAAGACAUGAAUGCGACAUUACACUUUUGCACAGGAUAGCACUUCCUCUUCCAGUAAAAGCAGCACACCGGGGGACCACAAACUGGCACUAAACAAAAAUCCCAACUACAGCGCGGCCAGGGUGUUAUUAUCGUCGUCAUCCUCGUCAUCUGCGUUUUUUCCGAGCUGUAGCGAUGCCAGGAGCGGCACCGGAGUCAAGUACAAGGUGCGACAUGGCGGUUCUGAUGCGUUUGUCCCGGUCGUACCAACCAGCACCAGUACGGAAGAGGCAAAUGAACGAUCACGAUUACGAGAUGUUGAGGCACAGCAACAUAAUGAAGCCCUCCGGCUCCGGCGUGGUGAAAAUGAGAUUAUCAAAGACAGGAUGAAAAGCAAACUGGGCGAAUUUCUCCACAAAGCUGCC